UAGUCUUUUUACGUUGAGAGAGGUCGUCCACGUUUGACAGCGUUACGGUUAAACGGUUUAACGGUCAUGUCUCUCGGUAAAGCUGCCCGGAGUUUGGUGAAACCGCUCCGGGGCGUCCUCCGGUCCUCGGCCCCGGCUCUGAACCGGAGCUACGCCGCCGUCGCUGAAGCCAGAGCGGUGCUGGAGAGCGAGCUGGACGGGAUCCGAGCGGCGGGGACGUGGAAAGCGGAGCGGAUCAUCACGUCGAAGCAGGGACCGCAGAUCACCGUGGACGGCAGUCAGAGCGGGAUAUUAAAUUUCUGUGCUAACAACUACCUCGGACUGUCGAGUCAUCCGGACGUGGUGCAGGCGGGGAUCGAUGCUCUGAAAGCGUACGGCGCUGGACUGAGCUCUGUCAGAUUCAUCUGUGGCACACAGGAUCUACACAAGAAUCUGGAGCAGAAGUUAGCUCAGUUUCAUGAGAGAGAGGACUGCAUCCUCUAUGCGAGCUGUUUUGAUGCCAACGCCGGACUGUUCGAGGUGUUACUGGGCCCGGAUGACGCCGUUUUGUCUGACGAGCUGAACCACGCCUCCAUCAUCGAUGGGAUCCGUCUGUGCCGAGCGAAGAGGCUGCGCUACAAACACAUGGACCUCGGAGACCUGGAGAAGAAACUCAAAGAGUCUCAGUCGUCUCGUAUGCGCCUCGUCGUGACUGAUGGCGUCUUCUCGAUGGACGGAGACGUGGCUCCUCUAACGGGAAUCUGUGACCUGGCUGAACAGUACGGAGCCAUGGUGUUUAUAGACGAGUGCCAUGCCACCGGCUUCCUGGGACCCCGGGCAG